AUGCUCAUGAAGAGAAUACCACUGUGCACGACCACCCAAGGCGCGGUUACAACAGGCGCCGCGGAAGAAACCGGACGCGAUUGCGCAUUCAGCAAAAGGACCUUUGCCUUCACGGCAGCAAGAACAGGCGGCAGAACCGAUAUCCUCAAUUCCACAGGCUUGGAGAAGCGCAGUCUGACGUUUUUAAUCGUUUGCAACGUCAGAAGCAAUGACGAUCUCUCCGAAAGCAAUACGCCAAGUAAGACGGCGGACGGAAGCAGUAACACUGCAGUAGUGUUUGACGGUGAAAUCAAGAACACUGGGAAGAAGUUGUCAUUGCUGUCGCUGAGAUCCUGA